AUGACCUCUUCCUUUGCCAACCACCCAACAAUUCCCUUGCUGAAUGUGACUCCAGAUGCAACGUUCACACUUUGUACAAAGGAGGUUGCUCUUCGAGAUUAUGCUGAAACAUUUAUUAUCAAAAUUAUCGAAAAUUACGAGAAUGAGUACAAAGUUUUCACUGCACUUGGAAUUUCCCACGGUAAAAGUAUAUUCGAUGAAAUACAAAACUUUUUUUUUCUCAACCUGAAUAUUGAAAUUAAAACUUUGUUCCUGGAAGAUUACCCUUCUUUCAGUAUGGUAUUAGCAGCGGUGUAUUGUAGGAAAAAGGCGCUAAACAUUGAAAUAAGAAAAAACAUGCAAUGUAUAGUGGUAAAGCCAAACCAAGUAUGUUUAUUGGAAGAAUGCCAGCAUCCACUUCACACUAUUAUGGUCAUGUGUUACGCAGCCCAUUAUAUGAGGAAAUUUUCGGGCAAAAACUAUUCAGUGCAAAUUUUGAGGCAAAAUGACUACAUUCAACUCAAAGAAGAACUUGAACAACUUGCGUGUAAGGUAAUAACUCACCUUCAAUUGAAUGGGGAACAGGGACCACGUCAAGCAAUAGAAGCAUUGCAAGCUGACUACACAUCCUCGUUUUCGCAAUCAAGAAAAGAUAGUUCGAAGUCUUACCGUGAUUAUAUAAUUGAAAAGUCUCAACGAAGUCUGGAAAUCAUGGCGAUUGCCUACAAAGCAAAAGCAAUGAUUUUUCGGCUUAUCUACAUUAUACUGUUUGCCUAUAUGCUUUGCUCUGGUCCAUUUUACGAUAAUUACGAGAAAAGGGAUGAAUACAAUUUCUUGCAGUAUUUCUCGUUUUCAUACGUUCUUACAGUGUUCUUUGUGCAGCAAAAUCCCAAAAAAAAUUCGUAUAUACUUGGUUCUUUUGUUCCAAUCAGUCUGGAGAUUCUCUAUUGUGUACUGUUUAUAACUGCAACAGUCUCAACGCUGCGGUCUUUGGAAUUCAUCAAAUCACUCGGAUUUUUUGUUCACAUUUUGAAAAAAAUGAUGAAAACUGUUGGAAUGUUUGUCUUUAUAUUCUGCACAUUUUGGUUCGUUCUUGCGGUCGUUCAUGUCAGUAUUUCAAGAUCGAUGUUCUCAUCCGAUAACACUUUCUUGUACAUUCUUGGAUCUCAAGGAAAAUUCGAAAUUUUUGGAGAGGUACAAGAUGAUGACCGACUUGGCAAUCUGCCGAACUGCAACGGCUAUAAUCGCACCAUUUCUGAUAUUGUUAAGAUGGAUUAUGCUGAGGCUAGCUGCUUAAUUCGCAGUUCAAUCAUGCCGUUCCUGGUGUUUGGCUACAUUUUCAUAUCCGGAAUUCUUCUAGUCAACCUUUUAACUGCUCAACUCACCAAAGAAUAUGAAAAAGAGUAUGAGAACAAUAGUUAUUACAACGGAUACUUGAAAUAUGGUCAGCUAAUGAGAAUCGAUUCGAAGUUUGUUUUGCCAGCGCCGUUUUCGUUUAUUUUUUUGAUUUUUUUCUUAUUAUAUCUGGUACAAGCUGCUCUCUCACCCUGAUAGUGUCCAGCUCUCACACAUUUGUCAAUCGCAGGAUCUUUGAAGCUAUGGUCAUUACUGGUUGUUGUAUGUGCAUUAUUGGUUUGCCAGUUAUCAUCUUUUGCGUGGUGAUUCAUAGAAAAAAUGCUAUUCGCAACAAGAGUUUCCUUUUUGCCAUGACUACCAGUGGCUGCGGCUUAAUACUUAUUGGAUUGAGCGACCAUGAUGUCAUUUUUGGAAACAUCUUGAUUUUCUUGGGUCAUGUCUCUUUGGGGGUCGUUAUAAUAAAUAUCCCUUAUAAAGAAAAAAAAAUAUCUACGUUGUUCUGGAAUGUCACCGAAAAGUUAGAAGGAUAUCCUCGGGGAGCGGUUAGAUCAAAUAGUCUUACAUCUGGGAGAACAAAUUGUUUCUACUUUGCCGAAGUUGAAAUCCGGAAAUUUUUAAAAAAGUACAAAAUCGAUGCGCAUGAGAAUCGAAUGGCCAAUGCGGAGUGCGCAAUUUCAACUAUUCAACAAUUAUUCUUGGAAAACAAAACUGAAGAAUCGCGUUCAAGAGCUUUGUCUCGGCUGGGGCAUAGAGUUGGAGGAUCCCGAAUAGAGCAAUCAGAAGAUUUUUUGAAGACAGUCGAGAACUUGAUAGCCAGAUACAAAGGAAACAUUGUCGAUUCCACGUUUUUCACAAAUCUCAAUAAUUACGUAACUACAUUUUUGAUUAAUGGUAUGGAGGAGAAGCAGGAUUCUGAUCAAUCUAGUAUCAAGAGACCAUCACAUGAAAACAUUCACGAGGAGCAAAAGAUUCACUCUACGGCAAAAAAUCCGCUUCUGACAACAAAGGCGACUGAAGUCGAGUCAACCAAAGAGUCUAUUAAAGUGGAAGAAAUUGAUGAAGUGCGAGAAUCUCUCAAGGCAAUAAACCCAACACAGGCACCAUCAGACGGCUGA